AUGGCCAGCAAGACUCGAACUCUCACGACUCUCACAACUAGCAUGUCAGAAAGCACCGAGACUUUGUCAGCUACUUCCACAGGUUCCAUGACAAGUGAGACCUUCUCUGAGACCCUCUCCACGACUCUGAGUGGCACCUCCACUGGCACCAUGACAAGUGAGACAUUCACAGCUACUUCGAGCCGCACAAGAAGUGUGACGCCAACAUCCACUCUGAGGGGCACCACGAGAAGUGAGACAGCCACGACUGGCACGACAAUCACUACAACCAGUGGCAACAAAGCCGCAGUGACUGGCAGUUCCACAAGUGAGACUCUGAGCACCACUGCAACAGACACAAGGACAAGCAGGACAGUCACAGGCACAGGAACUCGCACAACAGCCCAAGGCUCGAUCCUGGGAACUAUCACUGCGAGCUCUACUACUAGACUGUCCGGCAGCAGCACGCCAAUCAAGAGCACGACCUGGUCCUCAACCAGCACAGACGUGAUAGAAGACCCAUCCACCACCUCCGAAAUGCCGACCACCACUGCACCGAAGGGGAAAGUGACCACAGCAACGCGCUCUUUGACCGCCACUGCACCCAGCACAACAGUGCCUGAGGGUGGAGAGUCCACUACAGGCGAGGAGCUGGAGGAGAACGCCACCAAUGAGAGUGUCAUUGAAGGGCUCUCCUGCACCGAAGCCAUGGAUGCUUGGUGCCACUCUGACCCAUCUUCAGCGCCUUUCUUCCCUUUGCACCACUGUGCGGAUUGGAGGCUACACGAUGCUAUGUGCUCCACCGGCGGCACUGGCGACUCCUCUGGUGUGAACAGUGGGCCACAGUUUGCAGGAAUCACAGAGCUCGAUGAAGGGAGCCGUUUCCCGGCAGCCUUCCUUCUAGUGGCAGUGGUGGGGGCGGCCAUGGCCGGUGCAGCACUGGCCUCUCUCUUUCAUAGGCACAAGUGCAGCAACUUGCCUUUGUGCGGCUGCUUCCGCAAGAAGCAAGAGCAGGAGCUGACAUCGAAUGUUGCUGAUAUUUUGGUGGUAUGA